AGUAUGUGUGCGUGUGCCUACGCACGUUAACGUUUGUUUAAAAUAAAGAGCAGUGCGUUACUAGCAAGCCGUUGUUUCACUCGUGUACCUUGUACUUAACAUUGGCGACGAGGAUUAAAAUUACCCACGCAAAUAAGAAGUAAAAAUGUCCGGCGCAGUGUUCGGCGUUUUAUCGGUAUUUGACCACAAUGGGCAAUCGUGGGAGACCUACAAAUGCCGCAUCAAGCAGUGGUUUGUGGCAAAUGACAUUACGGAGACGAGCGAUCCGACGGGAACAAAACGACGAGCUAUCUUGCUGAGCGCACUCGCAGAUGGCACACAUAAGCUGGCAGCAGACCUCGCGUAACCAAAACAGCUGCAAGACGUACCCUACGAGGACGUGCUUAGACUGCUGGAUGAGCAUUUUAUUCCUAAGCGGUGUGGAUUCGGGGAGCGGUGCAAGUUUUACGAAGCAACGCAACAUGAAGCGGAGACAUACGCGGAGUGGGCCGCAAGAUUGCGCGGCCUAACGGCUCACUGUGGAUUUUCUAAUGUCGAGGAAGCUUUACGGGACAAGUUUGUCAUGGGCAUGUUGCCGGGAUCUGACAGGGAAAAGCUAUUCGCGAAAAAUCUAGCAGGCCUGACGUUGAGCAAGGCGAUGGAGUUGGCGGAGAACGCGCGGAGCGCACGAGCAGCAGCGGGUGCCGGGGAGCAGGCCGCGCCGCGUGAAGUGUUCAAGGUCACGCAGGCGCCGGGUCCGGCGACGCCGCCUCAACGGAAGGCGAUACCUAGUUCAGAUUUCAAAGGGCAGUGUCAAGUGUGCGGCUAUCAUAACCAUGAAACAUCGCAGUGUCGGUUCGCGAAAGCGAAAUGUAGGAAAUGUAAUGCUACGGGACAUUUGCGUAAAAUGUGCAAAAAAAUUAAUUUUGUUGAUUUAAAAGCUGAGGAUGAAAGUGACGAUGACGUGUUUGCAAAAUAAGACGAGAGGACAGAAUAUACAAGUCUUUGUGCCCGGUGACAAAGUAUAUUAUAAAAAUCAAACAGUAAAUAGUAAGUUUUCGUGGUGUAAAGGAACAGUGUUAAAAAGAAUUGGCAAAGUAAUAUAUUUAAUCAAAGACGAUAGUACUUCAAAAAUACAAAGAAAACAUAAAAACCAAAUUAUACUGUUUAAAAGUGACGAUUGUAAAACCAAACCAAAAGACACAAAUAUAGACAUAGAGGAGCUAACUGGUGACCCAACUUUAGAAAUACAAGACCAGAAUAGUGCUGAUAAUAUGGCUGCCGAGUCACCUCAAGGAACGCUUCCGCUUCCAUCACCAGAUCAAUCUGGGGGAGAGAAGGAAUAUGAGGAAACAUGUUCCGGCUCGCCUAGCCCUGGUCAUUUAGAAGAAGCAGCACCGGAUCAGCAAACGGUUGAGCCACCACCCAUACGGCGGUCGAGACGCAAUCUUCCGAGCGUCAAUUACAAAGUAUUUUAUUAGCAUGUAUGUUGUAUUAAGUUAGUAUAUUAGUUAUUAAUUUGUAUGUCUGAGCUAGUGGGGAGGAGUGUUGAGUAUGUGUGCGUGUGCCUACGCACGUUAACGUUUGUUUAAAAUAAAGAGCAGUGCGUUACUAGCAA